AUGCUACUCGCCAGUGCGGGCGACUUCGAGGCCAAUCGCGGUGACAAGGAGUAUAUGGCCCAAUUGUUGGCUGCACAACAACAGGCGGCCGCAGCGCUCGGACAACAGUGUCAGGUGAGGGUUUGGUGAGAGUUUAGGAGUAUUUUAGGCGGUGUAACAAAAAUUUUUUUUUUUUUUUUUGAAAAAAUUUGCCUUGGUCCCCCCUUACUGUUUUUUUGAUGACUAUGAAAAGAUAAACUCAUAUUUUACAAAAUUUGAAGUGUUUCAGACAAGGAUUUUAAUUUGUAUAGUGACUAUAUCAAUUGUAAGAGCAUGCGAAAAUAUUUGCCAUACCCUUUUAUCAAAACUAUGGCAAGGGGAGACCAAACAAAACUUUGGCCAAGAAAUUUUGUUUUCACUGAAAUUUGACAUGCUCCCUUCUGGCCAUGCCUUUGAAAAUUAUCUCUAAAUCUUUGACACUCCUCAGUUUAUCAUGCCAAUUACUUUUUACUAAGUUAUUUCACCAAAAACCAAUCAAAAAACCUUCUUUUCCCAAGCCCCCUUCAAAAUUCCCCAUAUUUCCCCCAAUUUCUCGUAUUUUAGGACCAAAUGAAAGACUCUGUCGCCACGUCAGCUUCUCCCUCGUCCAGCUCGGACUCUGGAUCCAAUCUGAAAGCCAGUGAUAAAGGUAUUUUGGAGAGCAAGACCAAUCUGAUCAUCAAUUAUCUUCCGCAAACCAUGAGUCAAGACGAAGUUCGGUCCCUAUUCGCAUCGAUGGGACCCAUUGAAUCGUGCAAAUUGGUGCGCGACAAGACCACCGGUAAGCGCUGGGACGAGUUUUUUGGACCGUGAAGUGGUUUGGAAGCAAUUUGGGAGUUUCGUGGUGGGACCCAAAAUUUUAAAAAUUUGGCGGGAAUUUGAAUUUUGAAAUUUUUUUUGAUGGAAAAAUGAUAACUAUGGACUUUCGAAGUCGUUUUUGAUGUAUAGAACGCAUUUUGAGCAAAAAUUUGCAAAAAUUUUGAAAAUAUGGGUCCCACCACGAAAACCCUGAAAUGCAGGGGACCCUCCGGAAACGCUUCGAAAACGCACAAAACCGAUUUCUUUGCACAUUAACCGAAUGUUCCCACACCGUUCCACUCUAUUUUCAUGUGUAAUUGUGCCUUAUUUUUUUAAAAUUUUUGGUUACCGUAACGCGCCGAAAGUCCGGCGACUUUUCGUUCCUUAUCUCUUCCAUUUUCCUCUUUGGUUCGGCGACUUUUUUCCUGCGUUUCUUUUUUGGACCCUUAUGUUUCGAAUUUUUUUAGGUCAGAGCCUUGGUUAUGCUUUUGUAAAUUACUGUAAUCCGGACGAUGCAUCGCGCGCUCGGCAGAGCCUGAACGGCCUCCGUUUGCAGAACAAGACCAUCAAGGUGCGUUUUCACAACCCUCUACACAUGAUUCAUUCUUCGACUACAUUUUUUUUUUCUUUUUUGCAUUGAUGUGCUGACCGAUUUUUUGCGGAAAAUUUUUGGAAAAAUGGGAGAUUUUGAGAUUUUUUGAAGGUUUUGGGGAGAGAAAAGGUGGUAAUUGGAAAAUAGAAUAGACUUGGGAUAUUUUGAGACUGGAUUUUAUAUUAUUUUAGGCAAAAAUUAACGAUUUUACUUGAAAUUUUUGAAAAUUGAAAAAAAAAAUUUUUUGAAAUUUUUGAAAAUUGAAUUUUUUUUUUUUUUUAAUUUUUGAUAGAUAAUUUUUUCGUAUAAAAUUUAGUCAUCUCAGCAGCAUAUAACGUAUUUUGCAACAUUUUUUUUUUUUAAUUUUUUUUUCAAAAAAUAAAAAAUUUUUUUUUUUUGAAAAAUUUAAAUAUCCAAAUUUAAUUUUUUUCUCCCCAAAAAUUUAUUUUUCAGCACAUCAAACAUACCAUGUCCCGUAUUUUACCGAAAAAUUUUAUUUCUUUGACGAAUUUCUUUUGUCUUUUAUUUUUCUCUGACUCUCCUUUUUUUGUGUGAUGUUUUUUACUUUUUCAAAAAAAAAAAAAUCCAACCAAGCAAAAUCCGUUUUUCGUAAUUUCUCGCUUAGCCUCACACAGUCGUUUUUUUUCGUUUUUUGCGACCAAUGUUCGGUCCCGACACGAAAAUUUUUAUCCACAAAAUUUUAGUUGACUAACAAAAAUGAUUUUUAGAUUGACAUUUACCGUAUUUUGUCUCGUAUUUUUGUGAUUUUCGGUAUUUUGGGAAUAUUUUUUGUAUUAUUUUAGGUGUCCUUGGCCAGACCCUCACAUGAGACGAUUAAAGGGGCCAAUUUGUACGUGAGCGGACUUCCGAAGACGUUGACUCAGCCCGAGUUGGAGAAAUUGUUCUCCGGAUAUGGGAAUAUUAUCACUUCCAGGAUUUUAUCGGAUAAUGUGACUGGUAAGUUUUGGCGGGAAAAGGCUUUGAGCGCUUUCGGAAAGAGCGGGCGGUCCGUGUCAGAAUAGUCGAGUGGUAGUGCGUUUGACUGGUAGUCGAAAAGUCGCGGGUUCGAUUCCGGCUCGAUAAGAUAUUACUUUUUAACUAUUUUGAAUAGUAAAUAGUAGAAAUUUUUUAUGGUAAUUUUGAUCAUGAGCAAAUUUCGAACCAAAAAUAUAAACAUUUUCUCCAAAAAAAUCGAGUUUUCAACGAUUUUUCUCUGAUUUUCCAAUUUUUCCAGGUCUCUCCAAAGGAGUGGGAUUUGUCCGCUUCGACCGCAAAUCCGAAGCCGAGAUCGCCAUCGACAAGAUGAAUGGGACCACUCCGCCCGGAUUCACCGAGCCUCUUCAAGUCAAAUUCGCCAACAAUCCCGCCGCAGCCACUCAAAAGAACAUUCUUCAAGUCAGCGACCUGAUGACUCAGGCGGCGCUGGCCCCAAUCGCAGCGCUUCAAUCCGUCGCCGCACUUAACUCGGUCCAACGGCCAGCUGUCGGAGCGAUUCGACAUACUCCGCAGCUCGGCCAACUCCGAUAUUCUCCGCUAGCGGCGCCCAAUCAAAUGACCCCGUCCACGGUGGCGUCUCUGGCGGGCGCCACAUUUUGCCCAACGCCCACAGCCGAUUUGCUGACAACUCAGGCCAUUCUACAACAGUUGACGGCCGCGCAGAACCAACAGCAACAGUUUGCGGCGCUGAAUGCGGCCGCUCUGGCCAGCCAACAACAGGCGGCGCAGGCGGUUGUGAGUGCGGUUCCGAAUGUUCAAAGUGUCGCAGCGCCAAAGGUUCCGAGUCCAGCGAGUAAGUGGUUUGUUUAGAGAGUAAAGAAAUGUCUUCUGAGUGGUCUAGACAAAAAAAUGAAAAAUAAAAAAAAUUUUGGUCUCACCACGAAAACCUGAAUUUCCUUAGAAAUGAAAAAUACUGUUUCUGAAUGGUAAAAUACGCGGGGUAAAGUGAAUCUAAGCAUUUUUUUGAUUAUUUCUUUUGGACACGCUUGGAUCGGAGCUUAAAUUUUAAUAUAGCGGGUCCCACAACGAAAUCUUGAUUUUCGAAAAAAAUGAAAAUAUUUGGUACAAAUGGUAAAAUACGUGAUGCAUUUUUAUUUUUAUUUUAUGCAAACUCCUAGUAAAUGAAUGAAUCGAGACGAUUGAAAUUUAAGUUUUGGGUCCCACCACGAAAACUUGAAUUUUCCAAAAAAAAACAAAAUUUAGUUACUAAAUGGUAAAAUACGGCUUGUCUGCUUUUUAUGGCUUGUCUACUUUUUAUUAAAAAAAUUAUUUUGAGGAACAUAAUAAUCGAAAUUUGAGUUUUUGGGUCCCACCACGAAAACUUGAAUUUUACAAAAAAGGUAAAUUUCAAAGUUUUAAAUACGGUGCCCCUUCCAUGAUUUUGUUUUAAAAAAAUUAUUUAAGGAAUAAAAUAACUCAAAUUAUAAUUUUCGGUCCCACCACGAAAACUUGAAUUUCCCAAAAAAAGCAAAAUUUUAUGUUUUUAAAUGGUAAAAUACGAGUUAGGUUCUUCAAUUUCUUAAAAAGAUUCUUCUGAAGAUCAUAGUAAUUCCAGUUUGAAUUCUGGGUCCCACCACGAAAACUUGAAUUUUCCAACAAUGCGCAAUUUUUUCAGCAAAUAGCGCGAACGGCGGCUUCUGCAUUUUCGUCUUCAAUUUGUGCCCCGAAACCGACGAACCCACGCUCUGGCGACUAUUCGGACCUUUUGGCGCCGUUCUGCACGUGAACGUCAUGAAAGAGUACAACAAGUGCAAGGGCUAUGCGUUCGUCACGAUGGCCAAUUAUGAGGACGCCGUGAACGCGAUCACCAACCUGAACGGCACGCAGCUGGGCAACAGGACGCUGCAGAUCAGCUUCAAGUCGGCGCAGAACGCCAUGUAUCGCUAG